AUGGGGGCACCGUACCACCCAUCAACGAACGGACAGGUAGAACGCUACGUGCAAACCUUCAAACAAAAACUGAAAGCCUUGAAGUGUCCGACAUCACAGUUCAAUUUAGAGAUAGGGAACAUAUUGCUGACCUACCGAAAGAUGCUGCACCCCUCGACAGGUCAAUCACCUUCCAUGCUAAUGUUCGGGCGACAGAUUCGGUCAAGAAUAGAUCUCAUGUUGCCGAAAAACGAAAUAAAACAUGCUUCCGAUUUAACAGUAAAAGAUUUCAUGACGGAGAUCGAAAUUGUCGAGAAGGCUGGGAAACUUCGAUAUACUGUCCGUUUGGAUGACGGAAGAUUAUGGGAACGUCAUGUCGACCAUAUUGCUGGAGUCGGUGCACACUUGCCAGAGGAUUCGGUGAACACUCCACGAGAAGUGGUAGACACUGAACGAGCAUUUUUGACGGUUCCUGCUACUUCCCCGGUGGCUAGUGCCCCUGAGCCUACCGGUCAGGUAUCCGUUGGUCAACAUCCGGUUACACCAUCUCAACCUUCUGAAUCGCUUACGGAUAUAGUUCCUGGACUAAUCGCUGGUCCUUCAACUCCAACAGCAAUCAAACCUUCUGACGAGCCCCUAAGGCGUUCAAAACGAUCGAUAAAAGUUCCCCAAAGACUGAACCUGUAA